CCUUGUUUUUCUCUGUUCUGUUGUUUCCAGGUACAAAAGUUGUAUCCUUUGGUUUCCUUUUCACUGCAUUCUUCCUUAUUAUUUCACAGCAAAAACAAUCAAGACAUAAUAUAUAAACAAAAUGGGCCGUGAAGGAACCAGAGAGGCUGUCCGUGAAGGAACUAAGGCAGCUAUGAUCACUUGUGUUGUCAGUGCUGUGCCUACCUUGGCUGCUUGUCGUAUGGUACCCUGGGCCAAGGCAAACCUCAACUAUACUGCUCAGGCUCUCAUCAUCUCUAGUGCCUCUAUCGCUGCAUACUUCAUCACCGCUGACAAAACAAUCUUGGAAUCUGCAAGAAGAAAGGCUGAGGCUGAGUACAGGAAAUCAGCUUAAGGCGGAGAAUCCUGAUCUUUGUGUAUUUCAUGUUCUUUAUACAACUUGAGAAGCUUGUUUCGAUGUUACUUGCAGUAAUGAGAAGUUCUUCCGUUUUGUAUUCUGAUGCUUCCUUGCUGUGUACUGAAGAAAAUAGGCUGAAGGCAAAGAUUUUCAAUCACUUGUGUUUCUGAUGUCC